UAUUGAACUCCCACAACUGCCCACCACUACCUCGUAUUGACUAACCUACUAACUACCUACAGCAGGUAGAUAUGAAGCUCCUCAGCGGGAUGUAACGUUGAGACGAACCCGGUUUUUCAUACCCAUCCAUACCCGCCCGAAUGUUCUUCGAUGUGUUAUCUCUUAGCCAAUGCGGGGAACGAACACAAUGUGCUUCUCGGCUAUAUACAGGCAGCUUGCCUAUAUUUUAUGAGUAUGCGAUUUUAGACAAAGCAAAUCUCGGCCAUAUAGGUAUCGUUGGUCGUUGGCAUGUUUAUGUUGGAUAGGCAUAUUUGAGUCAAGAUAAACCAGAAUAGUGGGUGUCUACCUACCUACCUACCUACACAACAUGCUUUGGUCCCAACUCUUACCAUGCCUCCUGGUUGCCCUAAGCCCAGCAUGGGCUUCCUCCUCCUCCUCCUCCCCUUCACCCACCCCUUCCCCUAGUCCCACGCAAUCGGCCCCCCCACCAGCCUUCACAUACAACCGUACCUCCUUCCUCCUCCACGGCGACCCCUUCGUCAUCAUCGGCGGCCAAAUGGACCCCCAGCGCAUCCCCGCCCCCUAUUGGCGCGACCGCCUCGUCAAAGCCCGGUCGAUGGGGCUGAAUACGAUCUUCAGCUACGUGUACUGGAACGAGCUGGAGCCCGUGCAGGGGGAGUGGCGGGGCGGCGCGGGCGGAAGCAACGACGUCGCGCAGUUCUUCCGCAUCGCGGGCGAGGAGGGCCUGAAAGUGGUGCUGAGACCGGGGCCCUACGUGUGCGGCGAGAGGGAGUGGGGCGGCUUCCCGGCGUGGCUGGGCGCGGUCCCGGGGCUCACGGUGCGCGGCGGGAACGGGCCGUUCCUGGACGCGGCGGAGCGGUACCUGCGGAGGCUGGCGCGGGAGGUGGCGGGCCUGCAGGUCACGCGCGCGGGGGGCCCGAUCGUGCUGGUGCAGGUCGAGAACGAGUACGGCUCGUACGGCGAGGACCACGCCUACACGGCGGCGCUGCGGGAUGUGCUGAAGGACGCGUUCGAGGUCCCGCUGUACACGAACGACGGGGGUGUCGAGUGGACGCUCAAGGGGGGGGAGGUCCCCGGGGUGCUGGCGGCGAUCGACGGGGAUCCGAGGUCCGGGUUCGCGGCGAGGGAUCGGUUCAUCACGGACGAGAGCGAGCUGGGCCCGCUGCUCGACGGGGAGUACUACACGACCGGCUUCGACACGUGGGGGUCGGGGACGCCGCAUGCCGGGGCGUCGGAGGCGCAGGUGCAGCGGUACGUGGAGGAUCUGGAGUUCGUGCUCGCGGCGAACAACUCGAUCAGCGUGUACAUGUUCCACGGGGGGACCAACUUCGGGUUCGGGAAUGGUGCGCUGUGGAAGGAAGCGGGGGGGAAGGGGUACACGGCGGCGUUCGUGACGAGCUAUGACUACGGGGCCCCGCUGGAUGAAAGUGGCAGGACGACGCCGCUGUACGAGACGCUGAGGGAGGCGAUAGCGCGGUUUGUGCCGGCCGGCAGCGUGCCGAAGGCGCCGAGGAAUGUCCCGCUGAGCGGGUUUGCGAAUGUGAGCUUGGGGUUGGGGGGGGCGCUUUUUGAUUUGUUGGGCGGGAUGGCGACGGGGAUGAGGAGGGUGGAGGAACCGGUGACGAUGGAACAGCUCGGCCAGAGCUACGGCUUCGUCCUCUACCGCCACAUCGUCGCCGCCUCCGUCUCAGGCGUCCUGGCGCCCGGCGACCGCGCCCGGGAUCGUGUGAUCGUGUACGUCAACGGCGUGAGGCGCGGGGUUAUUGACAGCACGUACGCUACCCCCGCUACCGUGGAGCUGGACCUGGCGCAGGGGGAUAUGCUGGAUCUGUUCGUGGAGAAUCUGGGGAGGGUCGAUUACUGGUCCCGUGAGUCGGGGACGGUGAGCGCGCUCGAGGACCAGGCGAAGGGGGUGAAGGGGAAUGUGACGGUGGGAGGGGAGGUUAUGGUGGGUUGGGAGGUUUUUGCGCUGCCGGUUGAGACGGCGCCGGUUUUCACUCCUGGUAGUGGUAGUGAGAGGGCAGAGAACACGAUAAAUGCGGUGGUAGAGGGCGCGCCCCCCGUCUUCUUCCACGGCACCUUCCUCGUCGACCCCGAGGCCGCAGCAGCGGGGGACCCAGCAGCACUGGACACGUUCCUCGCCGUGCCCGAUGGCGUCAAGGGCGUUGUGUGGGUUAACGGGUUUAACCUCGGCAGGUACUGGAUCGUGGGGCCGCAGCAGUCGCUGUACCUCCCCGGAACUGUGCUACGCGCAGACCGGGAGAAUGAGGUCGUGGUGUUGGAGCUGGAGCCGAGGGGAGAUAAGCUGACGGUGUUUGGGGAGGUGGAGAGGACGUGGGCGAAUUAUGCGGAUCCGGAUUAUGAUGGGUGAGUGUGUAGUUUAGGAAAGUAGAGAGAUACCUAAGGGGGGUUAGGGAAUAUGGUAUAGGCAUUGGUUUAAUCCAAAUAUCAUACCCAUAUAUGUAUGUUCUGCAAGACCCGUUG